AUGGCUUCGAUACCGCCUCCACCACCACCAGGCUGGGCAGGUAACAUGCGUCCACCGCCUCCUCCCCCGGGAGCACCUCCAGGCUUGUCGGCAGUUCCUCCACCUCCUCCCGCGGAUCCAGCCGCUGCGAAGCUGCAGGAGAAGAAGCAAAAAUGGCUGCGCAGUCAGCGGCAGCGCUUCUCCGAGAAGCGGCGAGGAGGCUUUGUGGAGACUCAAAAGGCUGACAUGCCGCCGGAGCAUCUGCGGAAGAUCGUGAGAGACAUUGGAGACGUGUCGCAAAAGAAGUUCAGCGCAGACAAGAGGAGUUAUCUGGGUGCGCUGAAGUUCAUGCCUCAUGCGGUGCUGAAGCUCCUGGAGAACAUGCCGAUGCCGUGGGAGAGCGCAAGAGAAGUCAAGGUGCUGUACCACGUCAACGGCUGCCUGACGAUGGUCAACGAGAUACCGCGAGUUAUUGAGCCGGUGUUUCAUGCGCAAUGGGCGACGAUGUGGGUGGUGAUGAGGCGGGAGAAAAGCGAUCGGAGACACUUCAAGCGGAUGCGCUUCCCACCAUUCGACGAUGAAGAGCCUCCGCUCAGCUGGAGUGAGAACAUUGAGGACGUGGAGCCCUUGGAGCCAAUCCAGAUGGAGCUGGAUGAAGAUGAAGAUGGACCUGUGUUCGAGUGGUUCUACGAUCAUCGACCGCUGUCCGAUACAUCCCAUGUCAACGGUCCAAGCUACAAGGAGUGGAACCUAUCUCUGCCGCAAAUGGCGACCCUGCAUCGGUUAAGCAAUCCUCUGCUAUCCGACAUCACCGACGAGAAUUACUUCCAUCUUUUCGACCUGCCUGGAUUUGCUACUGCGAAGGCACUCAACGUCGCAAUACCGGGCGGUCCACGCUUCGAGCCUCUUUACAAGGAUGUCGACCCGAAUGACGAGGAUUUUGGCGAGUUCAAUGCCAUCGAUCGCAUCAUCUUCCGCGCACCCAUCCGUACUGAAUACCGUGUCGCCUACCCGUUCCUUUACAACAGUCUGCCUCGAAGCGUGAAGCUGGGUGUCUACAGCCAUCCCCAGACCGUCUACGUCAAGACCGAAGAUCCCUCAUUACCCGCAUUCUACUUCGACCCUGUCAUCAACCCGAUCUCCAGCCGUUCAGUAGCGCCAAAGAAUCUCACCAUCAGCCACGAAGAUGAGAUCUUUGGUUACGGUAACAACGAGGAGACAGAUGAGGAGGAGGGUGGCUUCAGCCUACCUGAUGAAGUGGAGCCCUUCAUGGCCGACGAUGAGCUGUACAACGAGGACACAGCCUCUGGCAUUGCGCUGUGGUGGGCGCCAUAUCCAUUCGACAGGCGGUCUGGCAAGAUGGUGAGAGCGCAAGACGUGCCUCUGGUCAAGCAGUGGUAUCUCGAGCAUGUUCCUGCCGGUCAGCCAGUCAAGGUGCGGGUGUCUUACCAGAAGUUGCUCAAGACCUACGUUCUCAACGAGCUGCACAAGAAGCCUGCGAAGGCGCAGAACAAGCAGAACCUCUGCAGGAGUCUGAAGAGCACGAAGUUCUUCCAGCAGACCACCAUCGAUUGGGUAGAAGCUGGUUUGCAGGUGUGCAGACAGGGCUUCAACAUGCUGAACUUGCUCAUUCACAGGAAGAAUUUGACAUACUUGCACCUUGACUACAACUUCAAUCUCAAGCCGAUCAAGACCCUGACUACCAAGGAGCGAAAGAAGAGCAGAUUUGGAAACGCCUUCCAUCUGAUGCGCGAGAUCUUGCGUUUGACGAAGCUCAUCGUCGAUGCGCAGGUGCAAUACCGGUUGGGCAACAUCGACGCCUUCCAGCUUGCCGAUGGAAUCCUCUACGCGUUCAAUCACGUCGGUCAGCUCACUGGUAUGUACCGCUACAAGUACAAGCUGAUGCACCAGAUUCGGUCGUGUAAAGACUUGAAGCAUCUCAUCUACUACCGAUUCAACUCAGGCCCGGUCGGCAAAGGACCUGGCUGCGGUUUCUGGGCUCCCGCAUGGCGUGUCUGGCUCUUCUUCCUACGCGGCAUCAUUCCUCUGCUUGAGCGAUGGCUCGGAAACUUAUUGAGCAGGCAGUUCGAGGGUCGGCACAGCAAGGGUGUAGCAAAGACAGUGACCAAGCAGCGCGUGGAGUCGCACUUCGACCUGGAACUGCGAGCAUCUGUCAUGGCUGAUCUGAUGGACAUGAUGCCAGAAGGUAUUAAGCAGAGCAAGGUCAACACUGUGUUGCAGCAUUUGAGCGAAGCGUGGCGAUGCUGGAAGUCGAACAUCCCGUGGAAGGUGCCCGGUCUGCCUAAGCCUAUCGAGGAUAUCAUCCUGCGGUACGUGAAGAGCAAAGCAGAUUGGUGGGUCAGCGUUGCGCACUACAACCGCGAGCGCAUUCGGAGAGGAGCAACGGUCGACAAGACUGUGGCGAAGAAGAAUCUUGGCCGUCUGACUCGCCUCUGGCUCAAGGCUGAGCAGGAGCGCCAGCACAACUAUCUCAAGGAUGGUCCGUACGUGAGCACCGAAGAAGGUGUGGCGAUUUUCACAACGGCGGUACACUGGCUGGAGAGCAGGAAGUUCCAGCCCAUCCCCUUCCCUAGUGUCAGCUACAAGCACGACACGAAGAUUCUCAUUCUUGCGCUCGAACGCUUGCGGGAAGCCUACAGUGUCAAAGGCCGCCUGAACCAGUCGCAGCGAGAGGAGCUGGCCCUGAUCGAGCAAGCGUAUGAUUCGCCUGGCACGACCCUUGCCCGGAUAAAGCGGUUCCUACUCACUCAGCGAGCAUUCAAGGAGGUCGGCAUCGACAUGAACGACAAUUACAGCUCGAUCAACCCAGUCUAUGAUAUCGAGCCCAUCGAGAAGAUCACCGAUGCAUACCUCGACCAGUAUCUGUGGUACCAAGCCGACCAGCGGCGCCUCUUUCCUCCAUGGAUCAAGCCUUCCGAUUCCGAGGUCCCUCCACUGCUUACGUACAAGUGGGCGCAAGGUAUCAAUAACCUGACCAACGUCUGGGGCAUUGACGAGGGCGAGUGCAAUGUCAUGAUGGAGACGCGGCUGGACAAGGUCUACGAGAAGAUCGACAUCACGCUUCUCAAUCGACUACUGAGACUGAUCAUGGAUCACAACAUGGCCGACUACAUCUCAAGCAAGAACAACGUGCAGCUCAACUACAAGGACAUGAACCACACGAACGCCUACGGUAUGAUCCGCGGUCUGCAAUUCAGCGGCUUCGUGUUUCAGUACUACGGCUUGAUCAUCGAUCUGCUGCUUCUUGGUUUGCAACGAGCGUCUGAGAUGGCCGGACCACCCAAUUCGCCAAACGACUUCCUACAGUUCCGAGACAGCGCCACGGAGAGCAGGCAUCCCAUCCGGCUUUACACGCGUUACGUUGACAAGAUCUGGAUGUUCUUCCGCUUCACAGGCGAGGAGAGCCGCGACCUGAUACAGCGCUUCUUGACCGAGCAGCCAGACCCGAACUUUGAGAAUGUCAUCGGCUAUAAGAACAAGAAGUGCUGGCCGCGCGACAGCCGUAUGCGGUUGAUGAGGCACGACGUCAACCUCGGUCGUGCUGUGUUCUGGGACAUGAAGAACCGUCUGCCCAGAUCUCUGACUACGAUCGAAUGGGAUGAUACUUUCGCCAGCGUGUACUCGCGAGACAACCCCAACCUGCUGUACAGCAUGAAUGGGUUCGAGGUGAGGAUCUUGCCAAAGUCGCGGAAUCUGAACGAUGAGUUCCAGGUUAAGGACAGCGUCUGGGCGCUGGUAGACAAUGCUACUAAGGAGCGGACUGCCCACGCCUUCCUGCAGGUUACCGAAGAGGACAUCCAGAAGUUCAACAAUCGCAUCCGUCAGAUUCUGAUGAGUUCUGGCUCCACGACCUUCACCAAGAUCGCGAACAAGUGGAACACCACGCUCAUCGCCCUCUUCACCUACUACCGAGAAGCCGCUGUGGCCACUGUGAACCUCCUCGACACCAUCGUCAAGUGCGAGACCAAGAUUCAGACUCGUGUCAAGAUCGGUCUCAACUCGAAGAUGCCUUCCCGUUUCCCACCGGCCGUCUUCUACACUCCUAAAGAACUAGGAGGUCUCGGCAUGAUCUCCGGCUCCCAUAUCCUCAUCCCAACCUCCGACAAGCGCUGGUCCAAGCAGACUGACACUGGCGUGACGCACUAUCGCGCCGGCAUGAGCCACGACGAGGAGACGCUUAUCCCAAACAUCUUCCGCUACAUCAUUCCCUGGGAAGCCGAGUUCAUCGACUCCCAGCGUGUGUGGACGGAGUACUCGCAGAAGCGGCUUGAGGCGAACCAGCAGAAUCGUCGGCUGACACUGGAAGAUCUAGAAGAUAGCUGGGAUCGAGGUCUGCCGCGCAUCAACACGCUCUUCCAGAAGGACAGGAGCACGUUGAGCUUCGACAAGGGUUUCAGGGCGAGGAUGGAGUUUAAGAUCUACCAGCACAUGAAGUCGAACCCAUUCUGGUGGACCUCCCAGCGACACGACGGCAAACUCUGGAAUUUGAACGCAUAUCGAACGGAUGUGAUUCAGGCGCUGGGUGGUGUUGAAACGAUUCUGGAGCACACUCUAUUCAAGGCUACUGCUUUCCCAAGUUGGGAAGGGCUCUUCUGGGAAAAGGCUUCUGGUUUCGAAGAAUCAAUGAAGUUCAAAAAGCUCACCAACGCGCAGCGGUCUGGUUUGAACCAAAUCCCCAACAGGAGAUUCACGCUUUGGUGGUCACCCACGAUCAACAGGGCCAACGUCUAUGUUGGUUUCCAAGUGCAACUUGAUCUCACCGGCAUCUUCUUGCACGGCAAGAUUCCGACCCUGAAGAUCAGCUUGAUCCAGAUCUUCCGAGCGCAUUUGUGGCAGAAGAUCCACGAGAGCGUGGUCAUGGACUUGUGCCAGGUCUUCGACCAGGAGCUGGAAGCGCUGAGCAUCGAGACGGUGCAGAAGGAGACCAUCCAUCCUCGUAAGAGCUACAAGAUGAACUCUUCCUGCGCUGACAUUCUGCUCUUCGCGACGCAUAAAUGGUCGGUCAGCAACCCAAGCUUGCUCUACGAUACCAAGGAUAACAUGGGCAUGACCACGACGAACAAGUUCUGGAUCGAUGUGCAGUUGCGAUAUGGUGACUACGACAGCCACGACAUCGAGCGGUACGUGCGUGCGAAAUACCUCGACUACACCACCGAUUCCAUGUCCAUCUACCCUUCAGCAACUGGGUUGAUGGUGGCGGUCGAUUUGGCGUACAACUUGUACUCUGCCUACGGCCAAUACUUCCCUGGUCUUAAGCAGCUUGUGCAGCAGGCGAUGGCUAAGAUCAUGAAAGCCAACCCUGCCUUGUACGUUCUCCGUGAGCGCAUCAGGAAGGGCUUACAGCUCUACGCUUCUGAAAGUAACCAGGAGUUCCUCAAUUCUCAGAACUAUUCCGAACUGUUCAGCAACCAGGUCCAGCUCUUCAUCGACGACACGAACGUCUACCGGGUCACCAUUCACAAGACGUUCGAAGGCAACUUGACGACGAAGCCCAUCAAUGGAGCUAUUUUCAUCUUCAACCCACGGACUGGACAAUUGUUCCUCAAGAUCAUCCACACCAGCGUCUGGGCUGGCCAGAAGCGGUUGGGCCAAUUGGCUAAAUGGAAGACCGCCGAAGAAGUCGCUGCUCUGAUUCGAUCUUUGCCUGUGGAAGAGCAGCCGAAGCAGCUCAUCGUGACCCGCAAAGGUCUGCUUGAUCCGCUUGAGGUGCAUCUUCUCGACUUCCCAAACAUCAGCAUCCGAGCGUCAGAGCUUCAGCUGCCUUUCCAAGCCGCCAUGAAGGUCGAGAAGCUUGGUGACAUGAUUCUGCGUGCGACCGAGCCUCAGAUGGUGCUAUUCAACCUCUACGACGAGUGGCUGAAGAGCAUCUCGUCGUACACUGCCUUCUCACGUCUGAUCCUCAUACUGCGUGCACUACAUGUGAACCAGGACAAGACGAAGCUGCUUUUGCGACCAGACAAGACGGUGAUCACCCAAGAGCACCAUAUCUGGCCAUCGCUGUCCGAUGAAGACUGGGUCAAGGUCGAAGUGCAGUUGCGCGACCUAAUCUUGAACGAUUACGGCAAGAAGAACAACGUCAACACGUCUUCCUUGACCAACAGUGAGAUCCGAGACAUCAUUCUGGGAAUGGAGAUCAGCGCGCCCAGCAUGCAGAGACAGCAAGCUGCAGAAAUCGAGAAGCAGCAGCAGGAACAGGGGCAGCUCACCGCUGUGACAACUAAGACCCAGAACGUCCAGGGUGAGGACAUGAUUGUCACCACUACGUCAGCGUACGAACAGCAGAGCUUUGCAUCGAAGACAGAGUGGCGUACCAGAGCCAUCGCAACUGGCAACCUCAGGACGAGAGCGAACAACAUCUACAUCUCCUCUGAUGACAUUCGGGACGACGAGGAUCACUUCACCUAUGUGAUGCCGAAGAACAUUCUGAAGCGGUUCAUCACCAUUUCCGAUCUGCGCGUCCAGGUUGCCGGAUACUUGUACGGCACGAGUCCGAAGGAUAACAAGCAGGUGAAAGAGAUCAAGACCAUCGUUAUGGUUCCGCAAGUGGGCAGCACUCGCGACAUCCAAUUGCCUCGCAACCUGCCCGAGCAUGAGAUGCUAAAGGACCUGGAGCCAUUGGGCAUCAUCCACACUAGUGCCGGCAAUGAGACGAGCUACAUGACCGCCCAGGAUGUCACGCAGCACGCCCGCCUCAUGGCCGCCCAUCAGAGCUGGGACCGCAAGACCGUCACUAUGACUGUGAACUUCACACCUGGCUCUGUAUCUCUGUCUGCCUGGUCAUUGACUCCAUCGGGCUAUCAGUGGGGUGCUGAGAACAAGGACUUGUCUUCCGACCAGCCACCCGGCUUCUCACCCUCGCAAGGCUUCGGAGAGAAGUGUCAGCUGUUGCUCUCAGACAAGAUCCGUGGGUACUUCCUCGUGCCCGAAGACGAGCGCUGGAACUGGAGCUUCCUUGGGUCUGGAUUCGGUGAUCGCGAGAAGGGAAGGCUGUUUGUGGGUGUUGGGGUACCGAAGCGGUUCUAUGACGAUGUUCACCGGAGCAUUCAUUUCCAGAAUUUCGCUGAGCUGGAGGAUGUGUGGGUGGACAGGAGUGACAAUCUGGCUUGA